GUGUGGCAGAAAACCGCAUCCCGUAUACUUGUUUCAGCAGCAUCCAUCGUUGCUAUAUAAUCUGAUACGUUGAGAUUAGAACGGUGCCUUUCAGGUAUUCGAAUCAUAUUCGCACCCACCCUAUCAGUACCACAACGGCUUUUGGAAUAUCUUCAAUCAUGACAACUCUUGCUCCCUAUCACAUCAUAUCAUACGGGACGCUGCUCGGCACGUCACUAUUCCAGACGUUCGUGAACACCAAAAUCUGCUAUCUAGAACUUCCCAAGUCCGCAUUCACGACAUUACAAAAACGUCUUUUUCCGAUAUACUUCCGAUGCCAGGCAAUCCUCCUCGUCUUGACCGCCCUCACAUUUCCCCCUCGUGGCCCGGCAUCCCUGUUCAAGGGGAAGAGCGACUGGAUUCCGCUCGUGGUUGCGGGGUUGACGUCCUUGGCAAACUUGCUCGUCUACGGACCGAGGUCUAAACAGGCGAUGAUCGAUCGCACUCAUCAAGAAACCCGCGAUGCCAAACGCCCUGGGGAUGUGGAUGAGCCGAGUCCAGAUAUGCUUGCUGUUAGAAGACGGUUCUCAAGGAACCAUGCGAUGAGCAUCCACCUCAACCUCGUCUCGAUUGUUGCGAUGCUGUGGUACGGUUUUAGCCUGGCAUCUCGCAUCCACAUUGAAGUCGACUCAUAGACGUGGACGUCGGGGGCACCGAUGUUGUAUUUAAGCUUAGUCGACCUCCCUGUAUCCGCAGUGCCUCGCCAUUGCAGCAUGUGCACACAUGCGCUCUAGAUGGAUCCAAUUUGUAGCGAUAAAUUGACUGUCUCUCAAGUUCCUUGAAAUGCCCCUGGCAGCCGGAUGACAUAGCCGUUUGCUGUGCUAGUCUGAGGUAACCUAGAUGUUCUUAGUGCCCCAAAACGUCUUAAAAAUAGUGCAACAUUUUCUGCGCGGCGCAUGAGUAAUGCUAGC